AUGAAGCUCAUCACCGUUCUCAUGGCGGCGCUUGGCUCCACAGUCCUUGCCAACAAAGAUCCUCUCGAUAAGGCGCCCUUCUGGCAUAGUUGCAACCAGUGCCAAUACGAGUGGAACGAUUGCAUGCUCCGACAUAACCCUACUCGUUCACCAUUCCUCGGUUCACUUUGGGAUGCCGCUUGUGCGGAAGAGCUCUGCAACAACGACGACGACCAUCUAGGCUGGUGGUGCUGGCACAAUUGCUAUUUCCGUUAUGGUUCCUGUUUUGCAUCUCUCCGAGAGACUGAGUCAGGGAGAGGACAUCAAAAAUAUUGGGAUGGUGAAUGGUAG